GAUUUAAAACAUUGUUUUGUUAAUGAAGUUUUUAAAUUUUCAACUAACCAAAUAUUGAAAUUAAGAUGAGAAUACUCAUAAAGAAAUAUGCCACAAUAUCCAAAAUUUUACUACCUAGACGAAAUUUAGUCCGUUUCCUUUCAAAUGAUACGCAAAAAAAAACAGAAAAUGAGACCGAAAAGAUUGAAGAAGUAAAAAAAAAUAUCAUAAUAGAUAAAUUCGGAGCAGUCACAACAUUGAACAUAGACCGUCAAGUGACUCGCAAUAGUCUAGACGAAGCCACCCUCAGGGAGAUGGCUGCCGCGAUAGAUGACUUUGAGAAAGAUAAUCAAGCCAAAGUAUUGGUUUUGAAUGGUGAAGGAGGAUCUUUCUGCUCUGGAUUUGACAUUGAUGAAAUUGGGGAGAAAGGCUAUAACAGUUUAAAGGAUGCUGCUGCACGUCUGUUACGUCGACCACUUUGUGAUAAGCCAACAAUAGCAGCCGUCACUGGAUAUGCAGUUGCGGAAGGUUUUGAGCUGGCAUUAGCUUGUGAUCUACGAGUCAUUGAAGAUACUGCAGUAUUAGGAUGUCUUGGAAGAAGAUUUGGAGUCCCACUAAGUUUGUACGGUGCAAGGCGUUUGACAUCAUUGAUUGGGUUGUCAAGAGCUCUCGAUUUGAUAAUGACGGGGCGGCUAAUCUCUGGAACUGAUGCACAACAAAUGGGCCUGGCUUGCAAACUUACUUCUACAGGAACCGGACUUGGUGAAUCCGUGAAGUUAGCCAAAUCCUUGGCUAAGUUUCCCCAAAAUGCAUUAAUAAUGGACAAGUUAGCAGCAGUUAACUCUCAGUUGAAUCCGAACAGUGAGGAAAGCAUGAGGGACGAAGCAGUCAUGACUAGUCUGUUAGGUAACGCUAUACUGGAUAUAGAGGAAGGCGUCAAAAAGUUUCAAGGAGGUAUAGGAAAGCAUGGAAAGUUCUACAAAUUAUCAGAAGCACCAUUAAAAGAAUGGGAAAUUGAAGAGAGCGUCGAAGAAGUCACAGUUCAGAAGAUAAAUGAAAGGAAAAAUGAAAAGUCAUAAAUAUUGCAUAAUAGUUGU